AUGGCCUUAAAGACUUUGUAUUUGCAGUCAUUUAUUUCUAUUUUGGCGGCCAUCAUACUCUGCUGGACAGAGGUUACUUCUGCGAGUGAUCCCUGUGACUGUUCGGUUUGCGGUACAACAUGCAGGGGGAGUUUGAGCUGCGAUCCUGGCAAACUUCUGGUCAAUGGAAGUGAAUUCGGCUGUUUUCAAUGUCCUCCUGGUCAUUACUGCCCAGGAGGUCAGAACACUUCUCAACCAUGUCCUGAAGGUUACUACAAUGACCUACCAGAACGGUCAGAUAUAGCAGCAUGCAAGGAAUGUCCUGCUGGAUUUUUCUGUGCUGAUGGUAGCCAACCACCAAAGCCUUGUGAAUCAGGUUACUAUAGCAAUGGUACAGGACAAACAAAAUGUGUUAUCUGCCCUGAAGGAUUCCAAUGUGAGAACCUUGCAUCUAAACCAACACCAUGCUCAGAAGGUUAUUAUAGUGCAGAGGGUAAUAAAACAUGUACAGUAUGUCCAGAAGGUUAUGAAUGUCCAAAUGGUGCAUCGCCCAGAGUAUGUCCUGAGGGACACUAUGCACCUCUUGGUUCCACAGAAUGCAAGGCUUGUCCUACGGGUCAUAAGUGUCCUCGUAAAGGAAUGUCUGCUCCUGAGACUUGUCCAGAUGGACAAUACACAAACCAGACACUACAAUUGACAUGUCAUACAUGUGAAUCUGGUCGUGAGUGUCGAAAUGGUGAUCGAUCUGAACCAUGUCCUGCUGGUUACUUCAGUAAGUAUGGACAGUCAACUUGCUUGGCAUGUGAGUCAGGAAACUACAGUUACAGUGGAUCAUCUGUAUGUCUGCCAUGUCCAGCUGGAAAACAGUGUCUGGAUCCAGCCGUUGAGCCAGUGAGCUGCACUCUUGGUACCUUUUCUGGUCAAGGAGAAGGUGUUUGUAGGCAGUGUCCACAAGGUUACCAAAGUACACCAAGCAGGACCUCUUGUGUUCCUUGUGCUGCAGGUUUCUACUGUCCUGACCCUAGUAGCAACCCACCAGUUCCCUGCCCUGUUGGAAUGUAUUCCCAGGGAGGAAGAUUUGACAACUGCACAGCAUGCCCAGCUGGCAGUGCAUGUCCUGAUCCUGCUGGUAGUCCUGUGGCUUGUACUGGUGCAACAUAUGCUGAAGCACUGUCCACAACAUGCAAGACCUGUCCAGCUGGCUACAGCUGCCCAGAGAAAAAGAGAACAGAAAUAUGUCCAUUUGAUGACAUACUGGGAUACUUCUACAGCACUGACUCAAUGGUAUCAUGUGCACAGUGUCCCAAUGCAAGUACAGGGCAAAUCUGUGAAUCCCGAUACAAGCUACCAGUCAGUUGUUAUUCAGGAGAAAUCCCCAGCAACAAUGGAACAGUAUGUAUCAGAUGUCGCCCAGGUUACUUUUGUCGUUCACCGCAAGAGGGAGAAGUGGCCUGUGAUCCGGGACAGUGGUCACUUGGUGGAGCCACAGCAUGUCGAGAUUGUGUACCAGGCUAUGAAUGCCCUGACAGUGGCUCAUUGCCACAGGCUUGUGCCCUUGGACACUACACAGAUAAGUCUAAGUCUGUGAGUUGUAAGCAGUGUGAAGCUGGGUUUAAAUGUCCAACAACCAGUGGUCCUCCUGAGGCAUGUGCAGCAGGUACAUUUAGUGCUGUAGCAGCCACAGCCUGUACAGCUUGUCCUCCUGGUUAUGCAUGUCCAAACACAUCAGACUCCACAGCCAAACAUGCAUGUACACCAGGGACAUAUUCUGUUGGUAGUAGCACUCUCUGCACAUCGUGCAGGGCAGGAUUCUUUUGUCCUCAAACAGACAAAAACAUUGAGCUUGCGUGUGAACCUGGUUAUUACUCAGGAGCAGGAAAUGAGUCAUGUACGGCAUGUCCACCUGGUUAUAAAUGUCCCAAUAAAGACGGCAGCACAAACCAACCCUGCCUGGAUGGAGAAUUUUCCAUAGGAGGGCAGACAUCAUGCACAGUAUGCCCAAAAGGUUAUGCUUGUCCAAAUACAACCACAGAUUACAUGAUCAAAUGUGAACCUGGGUUUUACGCAACCAGUAAGAAGACAGUAUGCACACCUUGUAAGGCAGGAUACUAUUGUCCAUAUACUGAUAAAAAACAAGAGAUUCCAUGUGAUCUUGGCUAUUAUUCAACUGGGAAUGCAUCUUCCUGUGAAAUGUGCCGUCCUGGUUACGCAUGUCCAGUCCAAGAUCAAGAUGUCAGGAACCUAUGUCCAAAUGGAACAUAUUCUCUGGGAGCUCAGAUUGAGUGUACGCCCUGUCUCCCAGGAAGCAAGUGCCCAUCAAUAUCAGAAGGUCCCACUAUUUGCCAACAAGGAUACUUCAGUGAAAGAAAUGCAAAGGAGUGCAAGCUGUGUGAGGCUGGCAAACAAUGCGCUGAUCCGGCUGCUCCUGAAUCUUGUCCUCCUGGGUAUUACUCGCGUUCUGGUUGGAUACAUUGUCUUCCAUGCAAAAGAGGUUUCCAGUGCAAAGAAGGUUCAACCACAGACAGUCCACCUGAAGACGCGUGUCCAAAGGGUGGAUGGUGUGAUGGCCGCACUCUUUAUCCAUGUCCACCUGGGACAUACAAUCAGUUUAACGGUUCACAAUCUCAGGAGGCAUGCAAAGUGUGUCCUAUGGGUCAUUUCUGUCAGAACAGUGGUACAGUUGAUUACCAACCAUUUCUUUGUCCAGAAGGCCAUUACUGCCCCAUGGGAACAAAAUUCCCCCAUCAGUUUCCUUGCCCAGCUGGUACGUACAACCCAAUUGCCAAUCAGACAUCAAGAUCAUUCGCUUGCUUGCCUUGUCCUGCUGGCAGCUACUGUGUGGCAGGAUCCAGUCAGCCCACCAGCUGUCCUCCUGGAUACUAUUGUCCAACUGGAACUGGUGCAAGAACACAAUUUGCCUGUCAUGCUGGAUUUUACAAUGAUCAAACUGGCCUGAAGAAUUACACAGAGUGUAAGCCUUGCCCUCCAGGGUCAUACUGCCCAGAUGGCUCACUAACUGAGCCCACAGUUUCACCAAUUCCUUGUCCAGCAGGGACAUACAAUCCUGAGUGGAAGGUGGGGCACUUACUGAACUGUAUUCCAUGCACUGCAGGUUACUUCUGUCCUCAGGCAGGACAGACAAAUGCCACCUUAUACUGCUAUGAAGGUUAUUAUUGUCCAAAUGGUACAGUGGCAGGUAAUCAGUUUCCUUGUCCCCCUGGAACAUAUGGAGACAAAGCAGGUCUGACUCUGGGAGAGGAGUGCCUAACAUGCCCACCAGGAAGGUCAUGUGGCUGGGGAACGGGUCUAAACAAUAAUAACACUUGGCAAGUUUGUCGUCAAGGACAUUUUUGUCCAGCAGGCACAGGAUCACCAACCAAGUAUCCUUGCCCUCCUGGAACGUACUCAAACAGUUCUGAAUUGUUUGAUGCAUCCCAGUGUGACAUCUGUCCUGAAAGAAAGUAUUGUCCAGGUGGUGAACCAGCACCCAGAGGUGACUGUCCACCCGGUUAUUACUGUCCAGAAGGCACACGAGUGGCAGAACAAUUUCCAUGUCCUAAUGGAACAUAUAAUCCUGACUAUGCCAAAGCAAGAGUUGAUGAGUGUCGUAACUGUACACAAGGCCAUUUCUGUGAGUUGGCUACAGUUCAACCAGUGCCAUGUUCUAUUGAUAUCUGUACAGAAUUUCUCUCAUUAAGUGUAAAACAUGAAAACCUAAUGGCAAUCCAGUGA